CGCUGGCAAUUUUUCGCUCGCCGUCUCAUCUUCGCCUCUUGAACUUCAAUACGACUCCUGGCGAUCUCUAUGUCUGUUCAGUCUAUGAUAAAUAAUAAUCAUCCCAGAGAUAGUAUUCCACCUCGAGUUCAUCUUGAUAUUGGGGCAAUAUCCGCUUCAUCGAAUCCUUCCACAAUGGUCCGUACUCGCAAAACAUGGAUCCCGUAUACUCCCAGUACUCUGGGAGCCAACCUGCACCUUCGAAGUCUACCAAUCCAUGAAACACAGUCGGUGUGGCUUCGUAAAAGACCUAACUCGGGCUUGGUUACGGAACUCCCUGUAAACGGGGGAACCCUCAUCUUCCGCACAAAACGAGAGAAGCCAUUUGUGGAAGGCCGCUAUGUCGAUGAAAGGGCCUAUGGGAUUCCUGGACAGCCUAGGCUGUAUCAUUGCUCUGCCGAUGACGCUUCCUACAACAGCUGAGGUUGGCUUCAGGCUACGAAGUUGAUAAAGCCAGUCGCGCAGGACCGGUUCAAACUUAUCAUAGGUUGCCGCGUCGAAUGUCCCGAAGAUAGAAUGAGCAGGUACCCCAGGAACCCUGCUCAUAAGAACGAAGAGCUGGCCACCAUCGUCAAUGACAUCCAAUAUGCGAGGCACGGGAAUGGUGGUGUUCGCAGCCACAAACAUCGUCGCAAGAACCUCCGACUCUCGUAUGCGACCGUUGUACUUGCAGUACAUGUUGAACACUAGACGUUGCUUCCCGAAUCCUCCAAUAAUUGGAGCAGGCCAUAUUUUCGCGCUGAUGUGGAGUAACACCUUAUAGGCAAUGAGGCGUAUCGACGAUGGCAAAAGUCUCCAGAUACGCCCAAAGAUCGACUUGCUGUGUACCGGCAGCGUUGGGUACAGCAGAUUGUAUCUUGAAUGGAAGGUAGAUUCAUAUUGCAGGACGUGGCCAGUGGUGAGCAACCUAUACGUUUAUGUUUGAGUGCGGCUACAAGUUACUGGAGUCGAAGCGGUCACGCACGUUGAAGUAGACAUCACGAAAAACAAUGACGUCAGACACCGUUCUUCCGAAUAUAUGUUGUUUUCUCUUG